CGGAGGAGAGAGAGUGGGGGGGAGAGAGGGGGGGUUGUAGGGGCGGGAACAAUGGUUGGAAGUGAGCUACUUAGGCGAGAAGAGGAGAAGGAGAGAUGAACUCGGAAGGUGAAGGCGCUAUGGAUAUUGUGACAACGUGUGUGGGGGAUGUACGGGGCAUGGCAAUAGUUGUGCACGCGCUGCGCCAUCGUCGGGGAGCGGAGAAGGGAUUGGAUUACCGGUUCAGUCUCCGGGUUAAGGAAUCAACGGUGCGUCAUUAUCCUGUGAUGGCGGAUGGCGAACUAGCUUCAGAGUUGUGCGUGGGAUUGGGGUAUGAUGGGGAGGAAUUCCUAUGCGAGGUUACUGUAUUUGUGAAGAAGAUGCACAAGGAUGUACCUGAUUCUGUUUCAGGUACUGGUGUUGAUGUGGGUGCGGAGAUGGUGGAACUAGUGACUAACGAUUUGUUGCAAGAGCACGACGGGCGUCAAGUGGGUUUCGUGGAGUGGGAGGCAAUAAUGGAGCCUCCAUUGCAAAAGCGCAAGGGUAUGCGCAGUGUACUACGCAUCGGAGACGCUUAUCAGUGGUGAUUCUCUAGGGCGCGGCAGCGUUUUGCUGGGUAGUCAUUUCAGGUGGUCCCAAAGCUUUAGGGGGAUUGAAGGAUGUUCGUAUGUGAGAACAUUUAGCUAUUGGUGAUAAAGCCCGGGCGAAAGA